AUGGCUCACUACAAAGGAGCUGCAUCGGAAGCUGGCAGGGCCAUGCAUCUGAUGAAGAAACGAGAGAAGGCGCAGCAAGAAAUAGAACUUAGGAAAAAGAAAAUAGAAGAAGACCUCAAAAUCGACAAUAUAGAAAAUAAAUUCGCGACACAUUAUGAUGCUGUUGAACAACAAUUAAAAAGUUCAACUAUUGGACUUGUAACUCUUGAUGAAAUGAAAGCCAAACAAGAACAUAUUGUUCGCGAAAGGGAAAAAAAGCUAGCCCAAAAAAAGGCUGAAAAAGAAAAGGAAAGGCAAAAAGAAAUUGAAGCUAAACAAGCACAGAAAAAUAAACAAAAGCGUCAGAUACAAGCUCUUUCAUUUGAUCUAAAUGAAGAUGAGGAAGAUGAUGAAGAUGGAGAGAAACCUGAGAAGGAUUGGAGAGAGCAGGAUGAAGUGGCAUAUAAAAAAAUAAGAAAAAAUCCCGAUGUGGACACAUCAUUCUUACCAGAUAGAGAAAGAGAAGAGGCUGAUUUAAAAUUGCGCGAGGAACUACGGUUAGAAUGGGUAAUGACGCAGGCGAGUCUCAAAGAUGAACCCAUAACUGUUACAUUUAGCUACUGGGAUGGAUCUGGUCAUAGAAGAAAUGUCACUUUAAAAAAAGGAAACUCAAUUUAUCAGUUUCUACAGAGAUGUCUAGACACAUUAAGACCGGAGUUCAGUGAAUUAAAAACAGUUUCUGCUGACCAACUAAUGUAUGUGAAAGAAGACCUUAUUUUGCCGCAUCAUUACACAUUUUAUGACUUCAUUGUAACCAAGGCCCGAGGCAAGAGUGGACCAUUGUUCCAGUUUGAUGCUUCAGAUGAUGUAAGAUUAGUAAAUGAUGCCACACAAGAAAAACAAGAUUCACACGCGGGUAAAGUACUUUUGAGGUCAUGGUAUGAGAGAAACAAACAUAUUUUCCCUGCCUCUAGAUGGGAGCCAUAUGAUCCAACAAAAACUUACUCUAAGUACACAAUUAAAGGCAAAUAG